CGCAGCCGCCGCUCCGCUCGGACUUCCCCCGGUCGCUUCCAGCACCCUCGUCGCUAUGAGGUGCCUCUGCACGCCUGCACGGAGCUGAGACCCCCUUUUUUUCAGGGGCGGGGGGGAGUUUUUGUCGCCCGCUCACGGGAUUUAUCUGCGCUGUGGGGUUUUUCUUUGUGUCCACGGGGCUUAACGCGCGGAGGGCUUUGCGUGCGCACAGCUGCUGUCUUUGUGGUCGGGGGGCGUGAUGGCAGCCGGCCGGCCGGACGCGCAGGACCACCACCCGCCCGAGAACGGCUUCACCCCGCUGGAGCACCCGGCACCCCGGCUGCUGCCGCACAUCGACGGCUCCGUGCUGCCGUCUCUGGGGGGCUUCGGGAGGCACCAGAAGCAGCUCGUGGUCCUGACCUGGAUACCGGCUUUGUUCAUCGGCUUUAGCCAGUUUUCGGAUUAUUUCCUCUUGGCGCAACCCAAUGGCACGUGCGUGCAACCUCAGGGCAACGACAGCGCAAACUGGACCGCGGGAGCCCCGCCGGUUCCGGCGGCCACCAGCGGCGCGCCCGCGCUGCUGUUCCGAGGCAACGGCACCGGCGACGGGGGCGCGCUGCUGUGCGCCUGCAAGGAGCGCACACUGGAGCUGGAGACGGGACUCAGUCAGAAUGUAGUUACCAAGUGGAACCUGGUCUGCGAGUCGGCCUGGAAGGUUCACAUUGCCAAGUUCUCCCUGCUGGUGGGCUCCAUAUUUGGCUACCUGGUGAUGGGUGUCAUGGCUGACUGGUUCGGCCGACACCUGGUGUUGAUCCUGUCGGUGCUUUUCAUGCUGGUGUUUGGUCUGAGCGUCGCCUUCUCUGUAAAUGUCACCAUGUUCAGCACCUUGCGCUUCUUUGAGGGUUUCUGCUUGGCGGGCCUCGCUCUCUCCCUCUACGUGCUCAGGAUCGAGCUUUGUUUGCCGGGCUGGCGCUUCUCCAUGACCAUGGUGGCCAGUUUUCUGAUGGUGGGCGGGCAGCUGCUCAUGCCAGGGGUGGCCGCUCUGUGCCGCAAUUGGCCGGACCGGGACGACUGGCAGGUCCUGCAGAUCGUCAUAAUCAGCCCCUUCGUUCUGAUGCUGCCCUACGUCUGGAUUUUUCCUGAAUCGCUGCGCUGGUUGCUGGCCACCCAGCACUACAAGCGGUCCAAAGCCAUGAUGCUGCGCAUCGCCAGGAAGAACCAGGUGGAAAUGACCACCGAGCCCAGCGGCGUCCUCACGGAGUUGGAGCAGGAGCUGCACAGGAAACCCCAGAGGACCUGCAUUGUCAAGAUGAUGAGCACCAGGAACCUGUGGAAAAACAUUGUGGUGCUGUGUGUCAACUCUCUGACAGGUUACGGGAUCCACCACUGCUUCUCCCGCAGCAUGAUGGACCCCGAGGCCCAGCCCACCGCCCUGUGCCACGCCGACUACUACACCAUGGCCGGCAUCGCCGUGGCGACCUGUCUGGCCCUCUGCCCCGCGGUGGGGCUGAUGGGCCGGCGCGGAGGGCUGCUCACCUUCAUGAUCAUCACGGCUCUGGCCUCUCUCCUGCAGCUGGGCUUACUUAACCUGAUUGGAAAGUACAGCCUUCGCCACGACAUAGUUCUGAGAGACACGCUGAACAGGAAGUUCUCGGUGGCGUUCUCCAUCAUCGGCAUGUUCUCCUCUCACGCCGUCAGCACCCUCAGCAUCUUCUUCUGCGCCGAAAUCACUCCAACUGUCAUCAGAGGCGGGGGGUUGGGCCUGGUGCUGGCCAGCGCCGGCUUCGGCAUGCUUACCGCCCCCAUCAUGGAGCUCCACAACCAGAAGGGCUAUUUCCUGCACCACGUGAUCUUCGCCUGCUGCACGCUGCUGUGCAUCAUCUGCCUGCUGCUGCUGCCCGAGCCGCGGGGGCAGCCGCUGCCCGAGAGCAUCGCCGACGGGGAGACCUUCACCCGCCGGACCCUCCUCCACCCGGGCGAGCAGCACCUCCUGCUGGCCAAGACUGACAGGGACUACUCCCGCGUCCACGACACGCCGCUGCACCUCACGGCCACCGGGGGCGCCACAGUGGCCGCGGCCACCGCUCUGGCAGCGGUGCCCGCCUCCUACGCGCUCGCCACCGGAGGGGAGGUGAUCGGAAACUGCGCCAUAGCCAACGGGGUGUGAAGGCCGUGGCGUCGGUGCGAGUCCUGACUGAACUGACCGGUCAUUAAACAUGUGAGGAAAAUCCUUCAAAGGGAAAAACAAUGAACUCUUGUAACGGUCCGAGGUGGUGAUAGUGAGUCUGUGUAAUUUGUAGUGACGAUGAUUCAUUCAGGAGUUGCCAAAAAAUUACCGUACUAGACAACAAUUAUCUGAGGUCGGUGUGUGUUUCAUAAUCUCUUCAGUGGUGUUGGUGAUUUUCUCGUUGCCGUCUGAGACGGACGUGGCCGAGAGAAGAGGCAAAACGUGGACUAACUUUGAAUAACGUGUGCGACGUGGGGUUUCUCUUUGUAGUUUGGACUUUUUGAAACUGGAUUUCACCGGAUUCUUUAUGAGUUGUUUUGCACUAAAUGUCAGAGACACAAUCAAAGUGUUCAGUGAUUUUUUUCAGCCAACACAUCGGAAAUCCAGGGACCGGCUAAACCACUACCACUCUUUUUAUUGCAUGAAAGGGCACAAACGGUUUGUUUCUUCUUCGUCUGUGGUCUCUCUAUUCGAAGUCCAAUGUGGCACUUUACCCUCAGAGGGGAGGACAGUGUAGACCUUGAUUUUUUUUCCAUUUAACCCUUAGAUGCAUAAGUGAUGGCACCCGACACUCGUCCAAUGGCGAGCCAGACAUUUCCCUC